UUGUUUUUUAGGUCGCGGGAGGACGAGGAGGGAGAGAUGGCGAGCUCUUUCCUCGCGACGCCAUCGCGGCAUCUCGUCUGCUCUAACCUAUCGGCGCGAGGAGUUAAAUCUCUUAGAACAGGAAUCCAAGCUCGUCCUCUGCACAAUCUAAGCAAUCUAAGUUCUACAUGGAAGAAAAACGUAGACAAGGCACAAUGGAAGGCUGUUUUACAAGAGGACGCUCCCUACGCAGUGGCAAUCGGUGCUUGUGUUUUGAGCUCUUUGGUUCUACCAAGUGGACAAACCAAGCCCGAUGGCAGUGUUUUUGGUCCAGACGACGUUCGCUACGCAGCAAUGGGGAUUAUAAGUUUCAUUCCUUUGUUCGACUGGCUGGCAUGGGUAUUUGCGUGGCUUGAUACAAGCAAACGAAAAUAUCUCAUCUUCUCGAUAGUUUAUCUUGCUCCCUACCUCAAGAGUGGGAUGUCUUUGUCGACAGAUGAUAGCUGGUUACCCUUAGCUAGUGUACUCGCAUGUAUACUCCAUGUCCAGCUUGAGAUUGCUGUGAACAACCAAAGCUUGGAAGAAGCGCAAAUAAAGGAGAACAUCACAAGGAUGCUGUUUGAGAAAACCAGAAUAAAAGAGCUGCGGGACCGGGGCACUGGACUUCUCUCGAGGCUACAAAAUCUCGCCGAGCAAUCCGCCCAUGCGGAAAAGCCAGAAGACUUCGAACAUGAAGCUACAAACAACGAGUUUGAGACAUGGGACGAGAAGUUCUUGCACAAGAUAAAGAAGAACAAGAGAGACGAGGUCGUAGACAGCAGUGAAAAGGCCAAAGAAUGAGUGUAGCUACCGACACACGACACACGACUGCGAAUAUAAAUAAGAAGCGAGCGUGAGCGCAUGAUCGCCUUUCAGAACGGGUCCUCAAGGUACGAACUAGUUUUCAUUAUCUUUGCAUUUUGCGUGGUUAAGGUCUAGUUUGGAGGAGUCGUGCUUUCGUGGCUUGACUGAGACGUGCUGUC